AUGGCAGGCAACCUCCCCUGCCUCAAGCCCCUCUUCCGUACUGUCCUCGGCUCCACAUAUGGUCGCGGGUCGAUAGGAAGGACCGGCGGUACGGGCACAACGCCGCGAUAUCUCUCGAGAGCGUACGGCGUGGGGACGAAUGCGCACUCCGCGAAAGCUAACGGCUUCAACAGCCUUACCUCGAGCAAAGCCGGCAGGCCCCCGCACGACCAUUACGAGAUGACCUCCAUAGGAUUUGGCGAGGGCGAGAGCCGGGCAAUGAGUGCGGCAAGCAACAGGGAAGACGGCAGAAGCGAGAAGAGCAGCCAGGGGAGUGUCGAGCUGCUGGAUACAAAGGGUGCGAAUCCAAAACUGGGUGGUAUCUUGAAGACAGCCGAAGUCAUACAGUCCCUUGAGUCCACGAGAGUCGUAUCGCCGCUGCCAAGGGCCGCGGAACAGGAUAUCAGACCUGAGAGAAGUGUGAUGAACCUGGUCUGA